AAAGGCAGAGUCAGAAAAUGGGAAAAGAAGCAGAAACAAGAUGAAACGCAUGUAGUUUUUAGAAAUGUUAGGCAAAAAAAAAGUUGAUCCAAAAGGGGAAAAAAACAGAUGAUGCUGAUUAUCGGUGUGUUUUUAAGGCUCAUGUGAAUCAUCAGGUGUCAGUGGACAGAAAUGUUCCACCAUGGGCCUGAGUUCAACACUGGGAGUCCAUCUCUUUUUCCUCGGGUUAUGUGGGAUCUGUGCAGGAUUUCUACAAGAGAACUGUACCAACUACAAGCUCCAGUUUGAGAGGGUUUUCUCUGUUCCUGGGGAUGUGGCUAUGCUGAAUAGCACACUGAUCUCCCCGGAUGUCUUUGACUUCGCAAGUGUCCCACAUAACAUCACCUGGUACAACUCAAAGACAGGAGAAGAAAUGAGCAACCAGUCUGGUCAGAUCUGGGUGUUCGGAGAGACCCUGUGGUUUCUGAACGUAACCCUGGACGAUGAUGGGGAAUACGUGACCGUAGUGAGGACUCCCUCCCGGUGCUACAUGCAGGCCACCAAGCUGGUAGUGGAGCUGCCACUUCCUGGAGAGUGUGGGAGGCCACAGAAAGCAUAUCAAACACUUACAAAGGGAGCUUCUGACACUCUGCACUGUCCUCUGAGUGACUAUAUCAAUAAACUUGACAGCUACAAAAUCUCUUCCUCCAUCCAGUGGUACAGAGGCUGUGAUCCCGUUGUGGAUGGGACAGGCGAGUACAUCUACAGGGAUGCAAACAAACUGGCGAUUAGCGGGGUCGGAUCCCAAAACAACUGCCUCUAUACCUGCACUUUGACAUUCACCUUUGGUGGCAUCGUGCGGUCUGUGUCAGAGACCAUUGAUGCAGCAGUCACAGAUGUACACUCUUUGGCUCCUCAAGUACGUGAACCGGCCAAUGAUGUAAUCAAGGCACCAAUGGGGUCCAACUUCAGCAAGAGGUGCCUUGUGUUUGUCCCGGGUGUUGGACAACCCAUGGUUGAUGUCUUUUGGUUCGCCAGAGGUGACUUUAUCUUCAGCACCCUCCCCUCUGACCGCGUCUACACGUCAGAACAAAGAAUGUGGAGCCAGGAUGAUCCUAUUCAAGGUACAUGGAUCGAGCGGAUGUUGAUGAUUUCUGAGCUGAAGGAGGAGGACUUCAACAUCAACUACACCUGUCAAGUGCACAGUUCCCGGGGCUUUCGUGAGGGAUACUUUACUCUGCUACAAACAGAUCCAAACAUCAUACUUCCUAUUGGACUGGUGCUUGGCGGUGUGAUGGUUCUCUUUAUCAUCAGUAUCAUUGUCUACUACAUUUUUAAGGUUGACAUUGUGCUGUGGUUCAGGAAAGCGUUUCCAGUCCUUUACACAAAUAAAGACCUGGACGGGAAAUUAUACGAUGCGUAUGUGGCGUACCCACAGCCCUACGACUUUGGAUUCAGCAACGAAGUGGAGACGUUUGCCCUUCACACACUGCCUCAAGUGUUGGAACAGGCCUGUGACUACAAACUCUUCAUAGCAGGCCGUGACUGCCUGCCUGGGCAGGCCACAGUGGACUCCAUAGAAGAGAACAUACAAGCCAGCCGCCGCCUCCUCCUGCUCUACACCGCCUCCACUUUCAUCAGAAAAAGACACACAUGCAGCACGAGCAGCAACAAUAACAACGUUUCCAAGAGCGGUGAUAUCAGCGAUGAAAGUGAACGCGAGAUAAGUGAAACCAGCGGCAGCAUGACAUGUGAUUGUAGUGACAAAUCCAGUCCAGACACAUGGCAGCAGUUUGAGUGUAUGGCAGCUAUGCACAGAGCGCUCCUGGAGGGAUCUCUCAAGGUGGUUCUGGUGGAGUUGGAGGAGAUCUCACCAGCUCAACUGGCUCUAUUCCCAGAGUCAGUGCGCCACCUGAGGAAGAAGCAGGGCGCUGUGUGUUGGUGGAAGGACCUGAGGACGAGGCAAAGGUGGAGGACAUGUAUGAGCAGGAGAGAAGAUGAGGAACAAGGUGGAAAGGACUCACAGUGGUCACCAUCCCUCUCCCCCUCCUCCAAGUUUUGGAAAGAAAUGAGGUAUCAGAUGCCAGUCAGGGGCAAGAGGGUGGUGUAUCCUGAGAAAACUGCGUUGCUAAGCUUAUGAUGGAGUAUGUGGUUUCCAAUGCAAAUGCGGUGCUCAUUCACAGACAAUUCAGGAAUACUGUGGGGUUACGAUGAGGUGCACACUCCAAAUCAAGUCUAUAACACAAUUACAACCAAAGGUACUCCAGAUGGAAAGGUCGCCUCAACUGGUAGAUUUUGACUUCUAAUUGUAUAACUGUUCAACUAGAAAACACAUCUCAGAUUGAAAAGGUCCAUCACUGUAACAUGUAUGGCAUGUGCUGAAACCAAAGUAGCUGAUCAAGAAAAGGUAAUAAUGAGCAGAUCUUCACAGGGUUUGUUCCAUCCAUAGUUAUGAAGUAGAGAUUCUGUGACAGGUGUAGACUGAAGAAUCAUGUCAACAAAGAACAAACCAAGUGGAUCAGAAAGCAUGGGGAAAUGUAUAUAUGUAGGAUUUAAAGUGUAAAUAUGUAAAUAUAUAUGUAUAUAUCUCUACAGCUUCAUAAAAAGCCACCAAGCAAACGGCAAACAUGACAUUUAUUUACCGGUAAUGAACCACAGAAAAGGAACUGCAAAGAGCCACAUCCAAAAAGAGAUGUAUGCACUCGUGAAAAAUGUAUAAACGUAUGUAUUUUAUUUAUGCAGGCAGUGUUUUGCAACCCUGAAACACAAAGAGCUAAGUUAAAUGCUAAAAAAUUGUAAAUAUUUAUUUCCGUUUGAGUUUUGUUUUUAGCAGUAACCAGCACUGACUGUAGCCUGCCAUGGAACCGUUCACCACACACUUUAGUUCCAAUGGCAGAAGAACCAUGGGAUACUGUCGUAAAACAAAAUUCAUGGCGUGAUCAUAGUCAUUGUAAAGCUGAAAUACUUUGUUAAUAAAGUUGGAAAUUUGCAAGGAAAA